AGAAAUCUGUCAUUUUCAUUUUUACCUGCAAUUUAGGAACAACAUGUAGAUAUAGUCAAUUCAAAACUACUGAUGUCUUCACAAAUAAAUGCCAAUUUGAAUGAAACACAAUAAAUUGUAAAACACAUGACCAGACAAUUUUUAAUGCGAAUUACUUCAGUUCAGUUUUUUGAUAACUACAGUAUUGAAAUGUUGUGACGAGAAUGAUACAAAAAACCGAAAACGUAAGUGUAUACCGAUAACGACUGCAAAAAUCACAUGAUGGCAAAUAAGGGGCGAUAUCGAGAAAGCGGAUAGAUAAAGGAAAAUAAUAAACCUCGGGCAUAGACGAGCUCAUAGUGCAUAAAAUUAUUCAUCUUGAAAGCGAUAAUAAACUCAUAAACCGUAAAGAGGUCCGAUUUUUUGCUGACGUUUUGAUUUCAAAUGAAAGUAAAAUGAUUAUUGGUUUAUUUCAUGGAAAAAUUUUUGUUCUUCGUUUUUGCGAAAUUUCUGAAAUUUGAUAUUUUGGAAAUCUUGGGGGGUAAUUACCCCCAGUACCCCCCAUUUCUACGCCCUUGGAUGGAUAGCAUGGAACAGAGACCCUUUGUCGUACCAAAUUAUAUAAAAUUGAGGAUGAAAUGGAAUAAUACCAUAUUCGAUUAAUGUGAAUAAUAAUAAUAAAUUUCCAGAAUUAAUUUGGUGAGGCACUGCCUCACCUGCCGCCACUGAAUAAGAGCAUCAACCUGCUUCGAUCAUCGGUUUCAAUUUACUAUCGUCCGUCAUAAAGGUUCUAGACAUCUAGACCUAUUCCAAGGAAUGGACUCUUUGCAUUGAAGGUGUAAUUAAUAAGCAGCAAAAAGGGUUUUAAUUAAUAACUUUUUUACUCUAUUUGCCUCGAAAUAUUCCUCAUUUCCUAAGAAUUUAUUUACGAACUCAGGUCGAUGGCCACAAAUACAUUUAUUAUUAUUAUUAUUUACGAUGACACUAUCUCUGGUUCUGGUGUACCGUAAUUUACUUUCCUAAUAUUAAGUAAUCUUUUUUGCAUAAGGUGCGUUAAUUAUUUAGAAAAUGGAAUGUUCUCGCACGCAUUCGUUUUCUAUAAGGGAUUAGCGCAUCUAAUGGUUUCGCUAGCACUAUAGGAAACGGGAAAAUGCGGACGGGUACAAUCGAUUUCAACCUCGAAUUCUUCCUCAGUUAGUCGCACCCAAUUUUGAGACCACUCUCUGCUCCAAAUUAAAAAAAUACAGAUAUUUCGGCAAAAUGAAAUUGAAACUUGCAUGUUUUCAUCUUCUUCAUUUUUAAAGGCAUCUUUGAAUUUAAUAUGAAGAUUUACGAUCGAUAUAUUGGUUUUCAAUUACCUCAAAUAUUAAUGGCUAAUUAAACAUCAAUUCUUGAUAAGGCGAAAAUGUGUCGAUCUAGAUGAGUUUUAGGUAAGAAAAAUUGAGAGGGGCCAAAAUGCAACUUGCGGACUUGGCCAAUCUUUACGGCAAAGAAUUAUAUAUAAGAGAUAUUUCUAAAUGGUUGAGAGGUAGUGCGAGAGCUCAAGGUAUACUGAAAAGAUCCGAAUUAGAUGCGAAAAACGUUGAAAUUCUAGAAGAACAUGAUCAAUUUUACAGGGAUCAUAAGCUUCUGCUGACGCUCUUUAGGGGUUUGGCCGUUAUGCCAGUGCAGAGAGCGACAGGAAAGAUUACUUUCUCCUGGACCAGCAAUGCAAUGAUCUACGCUUAUUUUUUCUAUAUUUUCACCACCAUUUUGGUAUUUAUGGUCGGAUACGAACGAUUCGACAUUCUACUCAACAAAAGCAAGAAGUUUGACGAAUAUAUUUAUUCCAUCAUCUUUAUUGUGUUCUUAGUGCCCCAUUUCUGGAUACCCUUUGUUGGGUGGGGCGUAGCACAUGAAGUCUGUGACUACAAAAACAGUUGGGGUACUUUCCAAUUGAGCUACUUCAAAGUCACAGGAAAAAACCUUCAGUUUCCUAGAUUAAGCAUCCUUAUUGUUAUAAUUAGUUCAGGAUGUCUGAUAGUCGCAAUAACAUUCCUGCUGACUCUAAGUGCUCUUUUAGAAGGGUUCACUUUGUAUCACAUGACGGCUUAUAUCCAUAUCAUUACAAUGAUAAAUAUGAACUGUGCUUUAUGGUACAUUAACUGCAGGGCCAUUGGGAACGCUAGCACUGCAUUUGCUGAUAGUUUUGAACAAGAUGUCGAUGAAAAAUGUCCUGCAUACUUAUUAGCACAUUAUAGAGUACUCUGGUUGUCUCUAAGUGAACUUCUACAGAAAUUGGGAAAUGCUUAUGCCAGAACUUACUCAACAUAUUGUCUCUUUAUGAUGGCGAACAUAACUGUUUCGACAUAUGGAUUUACUUCCGAGAUUUUAGAACAUGGAGUUAGUUUCAGUUUCAAAGAAAUAGGACUUUUAGUGGAUACCACUUACUGCCUUACACUCCUUUAUAUUUUCUGCGACUGUUCUCAUGCAUCCAGCCAAGCUAUUUCUUAUAGAGUUCAAACAGCAUUACUGAGCAUCACACUGGGGAAUGUUGACAAAACAUGUGCCAAAGAAAUUGAUUUAUUUUUGAUUGCCAUAAAAAUGAAUCCUCCAAAAGUAUCCCUCAAAGGAUACACUAUAGUGAACAGAGAACUUCUAACUUCAAGUUUAGCAACCAUUGCUAUAUACCUGGUGGUUUUACUGCAGUUCAAAAUAAGUUUAGUUAAUAGUGGAUCUUCAGUAUAAAAUUAAAUAUGAGUUUAAUUAAUAUAUAGAGAGGUACUCGCUUGUAAUAAAAUGAAAACUAAAACAGACUAUAAAAUUUAUUACAUAUAGUAGCAAAUACAAUUUGUAUGAGGACGGAGAUAAUAUAAGUCUUCUCAGAAUAUAGUAUGUUUCAGUUUGUUUUGAAUGGCACCAUUUUUUUCAAAUAAAUAGCAUUUUAUAUAGGUUAGGCCAAAACUAUAUUAGCAGCAUUUGAAAUUAUGUAUGUCACAAAAAUAUAAUCUCCGAUUUUUAUCACAUGUUUGAUUUUCAAAGUACAUUAAUCUUGGUUUUUGAAAUGGAUCAACUAUAAAAUAAGUAACCAAGCAAAAAAUCAAAAUAAAUAUAAUACAAGUUCAAUUCAUAUACUAAUAUUAUCAAAUCUAAAAAAAUAUUCAUCUCAAAAUAAAAAAAUAUGUAUAACUUCAAAUGAAGGCACAGUUGAAGAAACAACAUAUAAGAAAUAUGUUUAUCCUGUAUAAGUUCAACUAUA